AUGUUCCAUGUUCCGCUUCUUAGCUUAGGUUUUAUGCCAAUUAUUACCAAACCAACCAGAAUAACGGACCAUACGGCCACUCUUAUCGAUCAUAUAUACACGAAUACGCCCGAAAAGCUAAUUAAAUCUGGACUCUGCCUUGCUGAUAUUUCUGAUCAUCUACCAGUAUUCUGUACAAUGGCCAACACACUGCCUACAAAUAAUGAACCAAGGUUUUUUCGAGACUUAAGACGUUUUAAUGAAAAUGCCUUUCACCAAGAUUUACUUGCAGUUGACUUCAAAAGCUUGAUAUCAACUGAUGUUAAUGAAAGUGUAACUACUAUUGUAGACAAUCUGAGCGCUAUCACAGACCACUGACAGACCGUCAUGCUCCUUUGCGCAAAAGAUUCAACAUGGCAACGAAAGCGUUUAGAAAGGCCUUGGAUUUCGAAAGCAAUAAUGCACUCAAUCAGACAAAGACACAAAUUAGUAAAGACUAAUUUAUACAGUACAGACCCAGGCAAAGUAAAAGAGUAUAAAGCAUAUAGUAAUAAGUUGAAUAGGAUUAUGCACGCAACUAAAAAGAAUUAUUUUUCUAAACAAUUUGAACUGAACAGAGAAAAUAUAAAAUGCACAUGGAAAUUAAUUAGCAAAGUAAUAAGAACAAAAAAAGAAAAUACUCAACAUACAAUCAAGAAACUGCUGCGUGACAAUAGAAUUUAUAUAGACCACCAGAGUAUUUGUGAUCAAUUAAACAGCCAUUUUAUAAAUGUUGGAAAUGGCCUAGCAGAUAAACUA